AUGGAAGACUCGGUGACCCUCUUGUUGGGCCUCGGUGGUGGACUGUUCACCACAAUCGUCUUCUUCUUCAUGUACAUGCGCAAUCGAGAGACCGCGUUUGAGCAGGAAAGCUCAUUUCACCUAAAAACCAUUUUCCAGCAAUUCACCGCCGACCAAAUCGCCGUCAUAUCCGACUCGGACAAGAAGAAGCAGCAACAGAAGAAGGGUGGCAAGAAGAGCACUACAGUUUCACCAUCAAGUCUUCCGAAUCCGCAGAAGCUGCAACAGCAGCAACCAGCGAAGGUCUCUCCAGCACCACAGAAACCAAAGGACCAACCGAAGAACAAAUCCCCACCGAAGCAGCCAGAACAAGCAAAGUCAGAAGUGAAAGUGGCAGAAGUUGUGGAGCAAGAGCAAAAGGUUCAAAAUGUGCAACCAGUUCAAUCGGAAGCGCCACCACCACCGCCAAAAGAGGUUCCAAAGAAGACACCAAAGCCGAUCAAUUCUUGCGAUUUGGAUCAGAAAAAGGUUUUGGAUCACCUCUCGAAACUUCCAGAACUCGACACUGCAUACGUCUCGUGGCUUAAGCAAUCAUUCCAAUCACACGAUACCCAAAUGAACAAUAAGCAGAAAGAGAACGUCAACUUGGAUAAGAAAAAUAAGGAUUUGGUGCAGAGGAAUGAGAAGUUGUCGAAGGAUAAGCGAGAUGCGGAUGAGAAGGCCAGGGAUGAACAAAACCAACGCCUGCAAACCGCCGACAAGUUCCAAAAACUUCAAGCUCGCGAAACCGAACUCGUCCGUCAAAUUCAACAAGUCCAACAAACCCUGAACCACCGCGAACAGAACUUCGUUCAAGAGACCCAAAAGAAGGACAAUAAUGUUCAAAAACUUGAGAAUGAUCUCAGAAGUGCAAAAUACAACUUGGACAAAGCUAACGCAUCGUCGAGAAGCAGUCAACAAGCGCUCCGUGAUGCAGAAAAUAAAGCAGCUGAAACGGAAAGAAAUCUUCAACAGAAGAUUGACAAAUAUGAGGCGGAGAAGCAAAAAAUUGAGGCCAGUCUGAAUGGUCUUCGUCAGGUCACCACUAUCAUGGAGGAGAGACUUGCUAAGACUGGAGACGAGUAUGCCGAUCAGGCCAACAAAAUUCUCGCCCUCACAGCUGCCAACAACACGCUUCAAAAUGCGUUGAACGCUGCGAAACUUGCAGUGGAAAACCAGUCAAAGCACAGUACUGAGGAAUUGGAUGCGUUGAGAGAAGAGCAAAAGGUGUGGUUGAGUGAGAAGGAACAGAUGACAGAGAAGUAUGUGAGGUUGGAGGAGUUGAUCAAGGAACUAAAUGUGGAUAUGAACGAAUUCCAUGUUUACAAAGAGCAACAAGAACGAAUCGUCGGGGAACUCAACCAGCGGGAUAAUGCUCGUCUGGAAGAGUUGGAACAGUCUCAGGCUAAGGAAACAGAUCUUCUCGCUCAACUUAAAGAAACCAAAGAGAAGUUGGCAGAGGUCAAGAAAUCGUUGAAGGAUGAGCAAUCGAGGGUUGUGGAGAUUCCAAAGAACUCUCCAGAACCAGUGGUAGAGGAGGAGGCCUUUGAGUUGAAGAAGACUAAUGCGGACUUGGCACAAGCCGCUCCUGGAACUUCUUCUUCUGAUUCCGCUCUUAUCGAGGAGUUGAAGGCGAAGAAUGCAGUGUUGGAUGAGAAAAAUAACGAGCUCCGUCAACGCAACAUGACAAUUCUGGAAAAGACAGAAGCGGUGCCAAACCAAUUGGAAAGCCUUCGUAAGCAAGUUGUUGCGGAGCUUGGAAGUUUGGCUGGCAUAAAAAUGAAGGACAAGACGUUCAAGGAUGAGCAGGCCUUCUCCGAUUGGGUCGGUGAAGCGAGGAACGCGAUUGAGAAGAAACUCAACUCAGCGUCUUCCACUCCAGCUACGGCUCCUGCUUCUACUCCUGCUGCCAAGCCACAAAAACCAUCAAAGUCUGCAGCCAAGGAGUCAAGAUCAGUGGAAAUUCCAGAAGGAAAUGAGCACGAAUGCCGGAAGGCCCUGAUCGCCUUGAUCAAGGAGCUCGAGCACAUCGAGAAGCUCGUCGACAAGCAAGAACAUGAGCACAAACAGGAGUUGGCCCGAUUGAGAUCUCAAUUGGUGUGA